AUGGACACUGCCAUUCCUUGUGUGGAGGCUUCCCGGGGUUCUGGCAAAGGCACAGUCCGGAAGCGAAUCUGCAAAUCUCAGAGUCCGAGGACAUGCAAUGAAUGUGGGAAAACCUUUGCCCAGGCUUCGAACCUUUUGGCGCAUAAAAGAAUCCAUACAGGUGAGAAGCCAUAUAAAUGUUCACACUGUGGGAAAAGCUUCACUGAAAGGUCCAACCGUAACAGGCAUCAGAGAACCCAUUCAGGAGAGAAACCAUAUCAGUGUGUGGACUGUGGGAAAAGCUUCAGCUUUAAGUCAGACCUCAUUAGGCAUGGAGUUACCCAUACCGGAGAGAGACCAUACAAAUGUUCAGAUUGUGGGAAAAGCUUCAGCCACGCCUCAACUCUAAUUAGGCACGAGAAUAUCCAUACAGGAGAGAAACCAUAUUCUUGUACAGACUGUGGGAAAAGUUUCACCCAGAGUUCAUCCCUUUUAGCGCACAAAAGGCUGCACACAGGAGAGACGCCAUUCAGAUGCCCUGUGUGUGGAGAAAGUUUCAACUGGAAAUCACACCUGGUGACGCACAAGAGAACCCACACAGGGGAGAGGCCAUACAAAUGCGCCAAGUGUGGGAAAAGUUUCAUUGAGAAGUCUAAACUGAAUAGACACCAGAGGACACAUACGGAAAAAGAACUUUACGAAUGCUCGGAAUGUGGGCGAAUAUUUGGCAUUCGAUCCAACCUCAUUCGGCACGAAUUAGCCCACAGGGGAGAGAACUCGUACAUGUGUUUCAGCUGUGGCAAAAGCUUCAACCAGUCCUCCAAGCUGAUAAGGCAUGAAAGGAUUCACACUGGAGAAAAACCCUAUUCCUGUACAGACUGUGGGAAAAGCUUUAGUCAGACCUCAGAACUGCUUAGGCAUGAGAGAAUCCACACUGGAGAGAAACCUUAUAAAUGCUCCGUUUGCGGAAAAAGUUUCAAUCGGAGAUCACACCUCAAUACACACAAAGCAACCCAUUUUGGAGGCCAGCCGUGUGAAUGGCCAGAUGGUGUGGCAGGUUAUCAUCCUAGCUCACUCCGUAUUACAGGGAUGGAUACACCAGAGCAGAUUUUUACAGGGGACCAACCUCAGAAAUGCUUGGAUAGUGAAGAACAGUACAGUCCCAGCUCGCUUCUUAUUGCUGGCCUGAACCUAAACAGGCAAACACACACAGGCAGCCAGCUGUGUGAAUGGCCGAACAACGAAACAAGCUACAGCCAUUGUUCCUUCCUUGUCGCGAGUGUGAAUCCACAAGAGAGGAUCCUUACAAAAUGUUCAGGCCGCGAAGCAAAACUUAAUCACAGCUCUUUGCUUAUAAACAAUGUGGACGCUCAGAAGGACAUAGUUGCAGGAUGCCGGCCAUAUAAAUGCCUCAAUGGUGAUGGAAGCUAUGACAAUCCCUCACUCGUUAUAACAGACAAAGGAUUCUACUACUGA